AUGUUUCUAGACGGAUACGAUAAACCAAAGGAUGCAAGCUGGGAUUGGCGUGCAUUAGUAACGAUAAUUGAGAGAUGUAAAGACACGGAAGUCCUGUCGGCUGUCGCGCCUACAGUACCAUGA